AUGUCUAUCGCUAUCUUGUUCUUUUAUUGCUCUCUCUCUCUCUCUCUCUCUCUCUCUCUCUCUCUCUCUCUCUCUCUCUCAUUAAUAGUGUGUUAUUGUUAUUUGCUAAGCUUAAAUUUAUCUACCACAAAGAGAAAUCGUGCGGUUAACAUGUUUGGCAGUGAUAAAUUGGUUGCACCAAAUUUCGGUGGCAAGGGAAUUACUGUUAAUUAUCUAUCUAUCUAUCUAUCUAUCUAUCUAUCUAUCUAUCUAUCUAUCUAUGUCAGUCUUCUGUUUAAUAUAUUUAUCUACCCUAAUCUUUUUUUCUUUUUUUAUCUAUCUGUCUGUUUCAAUCUAUCUAUCUAUCUAUCUAUCUAUCUAUCUAUCUAUCUAUCUAUCUAUCGCAGUCUGUUCAUAUCUAUCUAUCUAUCUAUCUAUCUAUCUAUCUAUCUAUCUAUCUAUCUAUCUAUCUAUCUAAUAACUGAUCAUCCUAGCAAACCGGCGGGUUCGGAAUCGAGUAGCCGGACAUUAUUUUUUAGCUUUGUUUAUGUGUAUGUGUGUGUGUUCAUGUGUGCAUCUAUCUAUCUAUCUAUCUAUCUAUCUAUCUAUCUAUCUAUCUAUCUAUCUAUCUAUCUAUCUAUCUAUCUAUGUCAGUCUUCUAUCUCAUCUCUCUUCAUCUAUCUAUCUAUCUAUCUAUCUAUCUAUCUAUCUCAGUCUGUUAACAUCUAUCUAUCUAUCUAUCUAUCUAUCUAUCUAUCUAUCUAUCUAUCUAUCUAUCUAAUAACUGAUCCUCCUAGCAAACCGGCGUGUUCGGAAUCGAGUAGCCGGACAUUAUUAUUUUUAGCUUUAUCAGCCUGGUUAUCUAUCUAUCUAUCUAUCUAUCUAUCUAUCUAUCUAUCUAUCUAUCUGAGUGUGUUAAAAUCAGUCUAUCUAUCUAUCUAUCUAUCUAUCUAUCUAUCUAUCUAUCUAUCUAUCUAUCAUGAUAGCACCUGUCCCUUGGCCGACCAACGCAUUGUCGUCCAUAGUCAACGAACCUAUUCUGUCUCUAUUUUCUCUUACUCUCUCUUUCCCUCAAACCCUCCCACGCAAUUAUGCAGCUGUUUGAAUGUGAGAUUAAAUGGCUGGCAGACUACUGAAGAAGAAUUUGAUUGCUAG